AUGGUUACUGUAGACAUCCACAGCUGGUAUUCGGGCCAUUCCCGCAUCCACCUGAGGGUCGCAUCGAACAGGGAAACCAGCAUGUUCCUUCGGUUGUCCUCGGACUCUGUUUCCGGCAUGACCACGGCAUUCUCCUCGGGCUGGAGUCCCGACGGGCACCCAUGGUUCUCUUCUGACCGGAGUUCCAGCAUGGGCAUCGGGAUCUCCUCAAGUUAUGCCUGUCUCAGCAGAGUUCGUUCUCAGCUUCAGUCGCCGUCGAUCAAACUUCAACAAAGUGAAAAACCAGUUCGUUUCUACGAGUGCUCCGUCUACUCGGACAGGUACGUGUUUGCAUCCAACCUGUUUGAGUGUGGAGACCUGUCGGACACGGAGUGGAGUGUGUAUCAGGACUGGCACACCUGGUUACUGAAGCAGUUCACACCUGAGAUCCACCUGGACGCCAUCAUCUACCUGAGAGCACAGCCACAGUGCUGUAUGCAGAGGUUGCUCCAGCGCGGCCGUGAGGAGGAGGCGGGACUUCCUCUUGAGUAUCUGGAACACGAGGCGUGGCUUCACCACAGGAGCCUCAGGUUGGACUUUGACUAUCUGAACCAUCUUCCUGUUCUGACUCUGGAUGUUGAUGACGAUUUCAAGAAUAAUCGAAUCAAACAGGAAGUCCUCAUCGACAAGGUCAGAGACUUCCUCACCACGCUGUAGAAUCAUCCACCAAUCACAGCUCAGGAUGG